AUGAAUCUAAAAUUGCAGUAUAGAAAGCAGUUAAUUCAACUCGCUAUUCAAAGCAUUGCAGAGCCUAAUCCCAAGAAAAUAACUGUUCUCCAGGCAAUGAAUAUGAUUUCGUUGGCACGGUCUCAGGCAACAACCACAACUAUAAAGAACUGUUUUAAAAAAGCCGGAUUUGUCCAUCGAACAACCGAAUAUACUGGGGGAGAGGACGUAAGAGAUGAUGAUACAAUAAUCUAUGAGGAUGAUUGGAACUUGCUCGCAGCAGAGGCAACUUUUGAUGAAUACAUGGAUUGCGAUGAAGAUGUAGUAACGUCAGCGAUUUUCACUGUUGAUGAGCUUAUACAGAACACACAGUCAGAGCCACAUAGUGACAGCGAGGAUGACGUGGAAUGUCAACAAAUUGUUCCACCUACUUUUCAAGAUGCAAUGAAUUCCAUUGAAACACUAAGAACUUAUUUUCUUUACCACAAUACCAGCGAUAAAUUUUUUCAGGACCUUGAUUCAUUGCACAGGUCAUUAAUUAAAGCUCAACGUCAAUCAUCACAUCAAACAACCGUAGAUAAUUUUUUCUGUAAACUUAACGGGAAAUGA